AGAUCUGCAGAGACGGUUCAAACGCCCAAGACGGUUCUUUCGGUCCGGUCCACAGUCACCAUGGACCUUGAGUGCGGACAUGGCAAUCGCAACCUCUACGGCAUCAGCGCCCGUCAAGUUCGCCUAGGCUUCAUCCAGAAGGUCUAUGGCAUUGUAUGCACCCAAGUGCUGUCCACGGCACUUGUGGCUGCAUUGUGCUGCGGGCCUUUGCAGCCAGCAGUGCUGAGCUUGCUGAGGAACUACCCCAGUGCUUAUCGCUGGGGCUCGUUGAUUGCCCUGAUUUGUGCUAUGGCCCUGUGCGCGGGUGGAAAGAAGAGCUACCCAUUGAACUUCUAUGGCCUUGCCUUCCUCACCGGAGUCAUGGCUUUGAAUGUUGGGGUGAUUUGUGGCAUGGUCGCAGCGGCAGGCAUGGGCGCCUUGGUGGUUCAGGCUGCACUCAUCACAGGCCUUUUGGUGCUUGGCCUCACAGUCUACACAUUCCGAUCGAAGAGAGACUUUUCCUUCCUGGGUGCCAUUCUUUUCCCCUUGACCUUCGGGCUCUUGGGCUUCGGCCUCUUGAGCAUCUUCUUUUCCUCCUUGCAGACAGGUGCUUUGCACCUUGGGGUCUCUUUCCUUGGAGCUGGCAUCUUCUGUGGAUAUUUGGUUUUUGAUACUUGGCGCAUUGCGAACGUGCUGAAGGUGGACGACUACGUGGAAGGUGCGAUCCAGCUGUACCUGGACAUUGUCAACAUUUUCUUGUAUGUCCUGGACAUUUUGAUGAGCAUGUCCAAGGAUCGCUGAGCUGAAGGUGCAAGGGCUUGGUACACGUUUACAGCCCUGGUGUACCACCCCGUGUCCUCUUAAGCCAAGUGCUUCAAGCCGUUCUAGCCGUAGGACGUGCCGGAAGGAGAUGACAGGUGUACUUUUGUGGAAGAAACUCCUGGAACGC